AUGUAUGGAAAUUUAUAAUAAUAAAACAUUGUUAAUUUGUUGUUUGGCAAAAAAUAAAACGCAUAUAUCAGAUAUUUAUCAUCUUAUCUUUGCAAAAUAGUAGUUCAAUAUGGAAUAGUAUUUAUAUAUAAAAUGAUAACUGGUAUUUUAGAUUUAAACAUAAAAUAGCAAGAACAAUAAAUAAAGUAAGCGUAUUACAGUUAAAUUGUUACUGAAUACAUAAGAAUAAUAAUGCCUAGUCCAUAUGAAGAGGAACGUGUCUGGGAAGGAUCAAAUCAAUAUGAAGAUGAAGGAACUGAAGACGUCAUUGAUAAUCCAGAAGAAGUGCUACAGGAAUGCCUUGAAAAAUUCAAAACUCCUGACUAUAUCAUGGAACCUGGUAUAUUUGGACAAUUAAAGAGAUACUUUCAAGCUGGAGGCAACCCAGAACAAGUCAUUGAGCAACUGUCAAUAAACUAUAAUGCUGUUGCCCAAAUGGCCAAUUUACUUGCUGAAUGGCUUAUUUUAGGAGGAGUUAAAGUGACGGAAGUUCAGGCAAUGGUUGAAAACCAUUUAAAGGAUAUGAUUUUAAAAACAUUCGACCCUAAAAAAGCAGAUACAAUUUUCACAGAAGAAGGUGAAACACCAGCUUGGCUCACAGAAAUGAUUGAACACCCAACAUGGAGAUCCUUAAUUUAUAGAUUAGCUGAAGAAUAUCCUGACUGUCUUAUGUUAAAUUUCACUAUAAAGUUAAUUUCCGAUGCUGGUUUUCAAGGAGAAAUCACAAGUAUAUCAACUGCAGCUCAACAAAUUGAAGUAUUCUCUCGUGUUCUAAAAUCGGCAAUUGUUGGAUUUUUACAAAGCUCAGACGAUUGGCAGAAUAGUGUUACUGAAUGUGCUAAAAUGGUAUGUCAUGGUGCACAUACAUAUGUGUAUAGCCAAGUUAUUGUCCACAUACUGUCUCAAGAACCCAGAGGUGGAGCUAUUAUGAAAAGGCUCAGUCAGGAAAUAACUCGAUGUGCACAACAAAGCGGCCAUGACGUAACUCCAAUUACACUAGCGCUAACGCCAGGCGAGUCAUGGCGUAGCGCUCGUACGGCGCUGGCCGCCAUGUUGUCGAGGGGCGCUUUAAACCCGGCUGACAUUUCAGUACUGUUUCGGGCUUACACUCAGUCCGAACCACCACCUGUUCACUUAUUACGGAUACCUCAUUUUUUAGAACUUCUCGUUGACUCCUUGUUCAAAUUAGGAAGCAAAUUAAACCCUGAACAUAAAUCUAAGUAUAUGUACUUACUGGCGUACGCGGCCAGCGUGUGCGAAGGCGUAACUCCCGGCCGACCUGUCAAGGAUGAGCUGAAGGCGACUGUGCAAGCUAUCGAGAAAAUACAUGCUGUGUGUAGCAGCUCAGCCAGCUCGAGUGAAUUGAUAUCAGAGUUGCCUUCCCUCUACCAUUGUAUAAGGUUUCCAGUUGUUGGUAUGGGUGUGCUUGUGUGGGUGGAAUGUGUUGUGACAGAAAAAUCAUAUUUCAAACUAUGCACUGAACACUGCCCUGUUCACUUGGCACUACUGGACGAAGUUGCCUCUUGUCAUCCACUACUUCACCACAGAUUACUUAAAUUGCUGGUUCAACUGUUUGAAUCUCCACAAGAUGAAUUAGAGAUAUUAGUUCAGUUGGAGUUGAAAAAAAUGCUUCUAGACCGCAUGGUUAAUUUAUUAAGUCGUGGGUGUGUCGUGCCGGUCCUACAGUACAUCAAACAUUGCGUACAACGUGGAGACACAGACAUUUCACUUAUAAGAUAUUUUAUAACAGAGGUAUUAGAUGCAAUAGCACCGCCCUACACGCCAGAGUUUGUCCAAUUAGUUCUACCCAUGGUUGAGAAUGAAGAAAUAACAGGAACUAUGAGAGCAGAAGGUGAAAAUGAUCCUGUUUCGGAAUUUAUAGUUCAUUGCAAAGCACAUUAUGUAGUUGUGUGAUUAAGAAGAAAGAAGACUUAUAUUUCAAUGAAAAAUUCUAUUUCGACAUUAAACUAUUUUUAUGAUAUUAUAAAUUUUUUUU